UUGAACAGUACGCUCUUCUUCAUUCAGUUUCAGAGUUUGUUGAUGCUUGUUCACUGACGAAUAUAGCUAGCAAUAAAUUAUAUUUAUUUACUUUCAAAGUUUGUUAAUGAUUGUUAAUUUACGAAUACGGUAUAGCUAGCACUUGUUCAUUUAGUUCCAAAGUUUAUUGAUGAUUGUUUACUGACGAAUACGAUAUAGCUAGCACUUGUUCAUUCAGUUUCAGAGUUUGUUUAUAACCAUUCAGUUUCAAAGUUUGUUUAUAUUUUAUUCCUAUUGUUAUAGUUUUCGUCAGUUUGUUAUUAAACAAUGAGUGCUAAUGGAAAUAACGAUCCCAACCCGGAAAAAACGUUUUUCGAGAAACGUUUUCAACGUUUGGCCGAAAGCGACACGAACAGUGAUUGUCAUUUCGUAGUGGGUCCUCAAAGAACAAUCAUCAAAGGACAUAAAGUGAUUCUCAGUGCAGCCAGUGAAGUGUUCCAGGCGAUGUUUUUCGGCCUCCUAAAGGAGAAUAAACAGGUGAAAGUUGAAGAUUUAAGUGCGGAGGGAUUCGAAGGUAUGAAGACAUUCAUUUACACUGGCGAAAUAGCUUUUAUAUCGGCUUUACACGCUCUCUCCACCUACAUAGCAGCUCGAAAAUACCUGGUUCCACAGCUUAGCAAUGUGUGCACUGAGUUUAUCGAGCAGAAACUCGACGCGUCAGAGGUUCUCGAGUUUUGCGAUAUCUGUAAAAUCUACAAAAUCUCCGAGUUCAAAGACUUGUGCAUGAAAAUCAUUCAGGAGAAAACUGACGAGGUGGUCGAUAGUGACCAUUUCAUCUACGCCGAACCUGAGACGAUCGAAAUGAUUCUGGAAUCUCCAGCGCUGAAACUGAACUCUGAGAUCGAGGUUUUCGAUAACUUCGAACGGUGGGCUCUGGCUGAAGUGGAGCGCAGAGCUAUUGGGGACUGCGAUGUUGCUUCCAGCUUCAACAAUCUCAAGAAACACAUACGGUUCUUCACAAUGAAAGGGGAGGAGUUUGUAACUAGGGUAGCCGAGUCUAGACUGCUCAGUCACGAGGAAAAGCACGCUAUUGCUUUUAACCAGAUCAAAUUAUCAUCCAAGCCGGUGCCAGAAAGUAUCUCAUUGAUAGAGCAGCCUCGUGAAUUCAAUCGUUCUCAAUCUGAUUAUUUAAAAAGCACUCACAGAUUUGUAGUUCCAAUCGACAAAGUAGAUAGUUCAUCAGAAUCAUGUAACUUAACAAAUAUAAUAAAUUGCUAUUAUCCUUUGUCGGGAGUUUGGGAAUACAAACAUGGUUUCAUUUAUUUUAGAUUGAGCACGUACCACUACUGUUUGAAAGCAAUGUUCAAUAUCAAAUUCAAAUUCAGAAUUUUAGCUCAGAAUACAUCUGAUGACCUUGUGUUUGAGAAUGAGAUCAAUGACUUUGUGUACUCAGCAGAUUCCACUGUACAGAAAUGUAUUUAUCCAGUAGUGAUCCCCAUAAGUAAACUGCAAAAUGGACGUUUUAUGAAAAGUGGCAAUAAUCAAGUCGUUAUUGAGGGUACAUUCAUAGUCAAGAAAAUUAAUCUAUGAGGGACCAUAAUUAUGCUCGUUUCCUGUAAGUUAUGAUAUGAUCAGUCAAUAUUAGAAAUAUUAUAAUAUCAAGUAGUGAUCACCAUAAGUAAUCUGCAAAAUGAACGUUUUAUGUAAAAAUAAACUGCAAUUUAUUAUUAUUAUUAUUAGAAAAUCAAUUUAU